AUGUUGCAACGAACUUGCGAGGUCGAAACAUCAUCUCCGAACCACGCGACAUCAUCUUCCAACACAACAUCAUCAUCGAGUACAUCACUCCUCAACAAGCGAAUUUCAGCACCUGGUUCAUCCCGACAAUCACUUCUCGCUUCUCAACAAUGCAUUUUCUUUUUGGGAUGUCCCUUCUUGGGAAAGACCUCGCACUAUGAAAGUAUUUAUGAAUUGAAGGGGUUUGAGAGGAUUAGUUUUGAAACGGAUCGGAAUAAGAACAUUUCGAGAAUGUUUGAUCUUCUCUCACAAAAUAGAAAGAUUGUCAUUGAUGACGAAAAAACCAUGUCAUCUUCCGAAGCUCGAAAAAAACUUGUUGAAAAAAUCAAAACGGAUCAACCACAAUGCUCAAUAGAAUGCAUUACAUUUUACCCUAAAUAUGGAGAUUUACAAAUUGAAAUUGCUAAAAUAUUUCAUUUAUGCGAAUAUUUUGAAUUGAACAAUUUUGAAAUGAAUGAACGAUUUGAAUCACUCAAUCAAUUUUUAAAAGAAAUUGUCACUUCACGAGAGGAAGAAAAUUCAAGCACCUCAUCAAUUCUCACUCAUCCAGCACCAGAUGAGGGCUUUGGAAAAAUUUCCAGUCAAGAGCUACCGCUUUUUGUCAACAGAAGGGAAUCAGAUUUUUGUUAUCAAUCGCUAAUUAUUGAUGCAUGCUCUUCUAAUUUAUUCACCUACGAUUCUAAAAAGCGAAAGGUGCAAUUUAAAAAUCCCUCAGUGAUAAGAAGUCAAUUGUUAAAGUGGUCAGAAACGUUUCAUGAACCUAGAGUAAUUUUCAUUUUUAAAGACAAGGAAAGUUUUCGAGUCUCCCUUAACAUUCCUGCGAACCAUGUCAACUCCCUCAACGUCAUGCAUUUAUUAAGAGAUACCAUCGUUGACCUAGGCCUACCAUUUCCAAUUUAUUAUUGUACUGAUAGUGAGAGUAGAAAUUUAGUUCACAUAUUUUGCCAGAUAUUCUACAUGUAUUCAAUAAGAAUGGAAGAAUCGUUAUUUGUGACCGAUCUUCCACUACAAGACAUACCCAAUGACAUUUUUCGAAUUUUCUCUAAAUUACAUGUCACAGACCACUCCACAUUGUUCGCUGACGAGCAACACCAUGACUUUCAAACACUGCUCUCAUCACCUCCUCAAAAUCACAACUUACCAGCCAUUACUCUUCAAUUUUUACCCAACUCUAAAUCAGUGGAUGCACCAAAAUCUAGAAGGUAUCCACUCCUUAAUCAACUCAAUGACAAUGAAAAUGUCACAGACCAACCCUAUUUUGAAUAUCAAAAAAGAGGAAUGCAACACGGAAUUGUGUUACCAAGAAAUUUUAUUUCAUAUUUUGAGUAUAAAGAAGACUUUUUUGAGCAUGAAAUAUUGAUAACCACCAUAAUGGAGGAUGAUGAAAAUGCAGAAUAUGCUGAUCAAAGAAAAGCCAUUCUUUUUGGUGAUGAAGAUUUGGAUAAAAUGAUGCAAGAUGAGGACGAUACGGAAUCACAAGAUGCCCUUGCAAAGUUACAAUAUUUGAGAGAGCUACGAAAGAAGAGUGAUGAGAAGACAGAAGUAACAACAGCCGCAACUAUGAAGAAUGAAGCCAUUCCCAGUCGAUCGAAAACUGAUCGCGCAGUGACACAGUCUUCUUCAAAAAUUAGUGAAGUUACAGAUCCUUUCGGAAAUAAGGGCUCCACAACAAUGAAAUCUCAAAGUGGCGACGGAAUGGAACUAUCAACGGCGUCACAAAUUGAAAAUGCAUUUCCAUCUCAAAACGUAUCUUCCUCUACCGUCUACACCACUGUGGUUGAUAGCUCCAUACUUUCUCAACUACGCAUUAACAUGUCCAUAUUUCACAUUAUGAAUCAUUUCGGAGCUGUUUAUUUUCAACGUGGGCGAGACUACAAGAACGAAUAUAGAAUUGACAAUUUCCGAACAAAGAUUAUCAAUAAUGUUGCAUUUAAAUUGUACAGUACAUGCAUAGGUUCAAGAGAAGAACCUUACAAACAAGAGAGUAUUAUCAAGGAUGGAAAACUUUUGAAAGCAAUAUGUAAUUGCCCCAUUGGUAGUGAAGGUCUGUGUAAGCAUGUUUGUGCUCAAAUAUUAGCAUUCAGAGAAAAAGAGCAAUACACGAAAGAGAAAUCAGAAUAUCUCAAUGUUUCAAAAUCUGAACGAAAAUUACCUCCACCAAUUGCAUUUACCAUGUUAGAGCCCAUUCUCGAUGAUUGGUGUGUAAAAGUCAAAGUCAUCAAGAAACAUAAUGAAAAAACAUGGGCCAAUGAGAGAGGCUCAGGUCGAGUAUGUGCCAUUACCGUCGAAGAUGAGCUCUCCUCAAAACGACUCAAGGUCAUCAUGUUCAAUGACUUGAUUAAUGAAUUUUACGACAAGAUGGAGGAAGGAGAAAUUUAUUAUAUCAAUAAGGGUCACUUGAUCAAGAAAACCAAUGAUGACAUGUAUGAAAUUCAGUUGUGUACCAACUCGGUUGUGAGAAAUAUUCAUGAAGUGGGUGUGAAAUUUAAAGACACUACCUCAAAGAAUGCUACAGAUUUUAAGAAAAUAUUUAAUGAGGUCGUUGAAAUGCCACAUCAGCACGGUAUUCAAUUUGAAGAGUUUAAACCAUCAACAUCAUUGUCAACAACAGCAGCAUCAAACAUGCCACAGAACUCUACAUCUUCUUCAUCAUUCAUUGCUCCAUCUCCAGAAAAGAAGAGAAAACAUAUGGAUGCUAUGAAUGAAAAUACUGCUGGAUCACACAUGACAAACCAUGAUGAUAUUCUUGAGAACGAACAGAUUUCAAAACCAGCAUUGCAACUUGCACCUAAUGAAUCGCCAAGUAAGAAGAAAAAACAAAAUGCUUCUCCAUCGAUCGACACUCGUUUCGAGCAUAUCCUUAAUGGACUACCUACACAAGAGAGUCAACAUUCCAUCAUUGCUUCUCAACCCAUACUUGCCAAUUCGUUAUUUCAUCCAUCACACCAUUCAGUACCCAGUCAACAAUCUUCAUCUUCGAAUGAGAGUCAACGAAGCAAGAGUAGUGUGGGUACUGUGAUUGCACCAACUCUUGUUGUUGAUAAGAGUCGAUCUUCACCCGAAGCGCUUUCUCCUGUCCUGUUCACAGGAAUUGGAAUGAAAUAUCAACCACCACACACCUCUCCAACACUUACCUUAUGUGACCACUCAGAAGAAGAAGAAGAUUCACAACAUCCAUGUGAACUUGUUGACAUUUCACGUGAAACAGCACCAGAAGUGACGUUAUCUUCAACCAGCAACAACAGUCAUGAAAUUGCAAUUUCGAUGGUCAACCCUAAGAACAAUCCAUCUCAAAAUACUACCACAGAGAAUAUCAUUAGUAGCACCACCACAACAAAUGGUAACAACACAACUUGCGGCAAUUCACCGCUCUCCUCGACCACUCCCAAAGGAGUUUUCUUUUUCGUUGAUGAAGAAGAGGAUACAAAUUCACAUAUUAGUAGUAGCACAUCUUUACUGCAAGACAUUUUCUUCACGCCUCAUAAAUCAAAAUUGGCAUCAGAAGCUUCAUCUCAUCGAAGUAUGGACUUUUUCUCUGGGCGUGCAUUAGCUUCACCUCCACUCCUUUCAGAUGCCAAUGUUGAGGAAAUCAUUUCGAGUACGGAUAACAUGUUGCAACCACAAGAAGCACCACAAGAGGAACGUCCAAAAAGUCCACAUUCAUUAAGCCAGCACAAUAAGCCACCUGUGGUCGAAGUGGUAUAUCUGAGUGACAAUGAUGGUGUGGAAAUUUUGGAGCAUGCCACACCUCAAAAAAGGAACAAGAAAUCCACAAGAAGAAGCAUCACAUCAUUGACCUCUUCUCCGGGCAUAAUGUUGGAAGAAGAGAUCACACCACGAUCAACAACAAGCGCUGCUAAUUCCACACCACUACUCACCACUCCACCUCUCGCUAACUUGACUCUAUCGACGCCUCCACAACAACCAUCGUCGAGCUCGAGUACAUUGUCCUCCUCAGCCACAAGCUCUUCCUCCUCCACUUUGAAAACUCCAAAGAAAAUCUGUAACAAGGAUCAACGCACACUCGCAGAAGUAACAAUGCUCGAUAUUAAUUUAUUCAGAGAAUACAAGGGCGGUAAUCCAGAGAUUAUUAGAGAAUCUCAACGAAGAAGAUUUGCCGAUGUUACUCUUGUUGAUAAAGUCAUUGAAUUGGACGAAGUGUGGAGAGUUACUCUUGGUAAAUUGAAUCAUAUUAAGAGCUUCACUGGAAUUAUCAGCAAGGAAGUUGGCAAUCGAAUGAAAAACAAGGUCCCACUCGGUGAUGAUUUGGACUUGCCAAAGGAAGUCACUGAUGACAUCCACGCUCUCUUCACAAAGGAGGCCCUCGAACAAGGAUCUUUGGCAAAACUCAACACCAACCAACUUAAAAAGCUCUCUACACACAUUACCGAGGUUCAUAUCAAGAAUGCCGAAGAGGAAGUGAAACAAAAAGAAAGAGAGCGAGACAAUGUUUUGCUUCAAAUUGGUAAUAUUGUUCACGAAACUGUUGUUGUCAGCGAUAAUGAGGAUAACAAUGGUAUUGUGAGAUUGGUUGGUAAUCCACGACCAAAAGUUGAUGAACAGACCGGAUACACAUGUCUCAAACAUAUUGAUAUUAUGAGAAAAUUAGGAGGAUUGGCCACCGAAGAAGGUACUCAAGUAGGUGGUGGAAGAGGUUACUUUUUACUCGGAGAUUUGGUCAGAAUGAAUUUGGCUCUUCAAAAUUAUGCCAUUGACUUUUUGUCUAAUAAGGGAUACACUCCAAUUUAUACGCCAUUCUUUAUGACUAAGGAACAAAUGAAGAAGGUAGCUCAAUUGUCUCAAUUCGAUGAAGAAUUAUACUCUGUCACAGGAGAAGGUGAGGACAAGUAUUUAAUUGCCACUUCUGAACAACCAAUUGCUGCUUUCCACUUGGAGAAGCGUUUUGAUGAGAGUGAGCUUCCACUCAAGUAUUGUGGCUUGUCCACAUGUUUCAGAAAGGAAGUUGGUGCUCAUGGAAAGGACACUACAGGUAUUUUCCGUGUUCACCAAUUCGAAAAGAUUGAACAAUUUGUUGUAACCUCUCCAAAGGACAACAAGAGUUGGGAAAUGUUCGAAGAAAUGAUUGGAAAUUCUGAAGCUUUCUAUCAAUCUCUUGGAAUUCCAUACAGAGUUGUGAAUAUUGUCAGCGGUGCUUUGAACAAUGCUGCUGCCAAGAAAUUCGACUUGGAGGCUUGGUUCCCAGGAGCUGAUCCAGGCAAUGAAUACAGAGAAUUAGUUUCUUGCUCUAACUGUACUGAUUACCAAACCAGAAGACUCGAAGUCAAGUAUGGCAAGAGUAAGAAGCAAGGUGGUGAGGUUGAGUAUUGCCACAUGUUGAACUCGACAUUGACUGCAACCUCUAGAACACUUUGUUGUAUUGUGGAAAACUAUCAAACACCAGAAGGAGUGAACGUACCUGAAGUUUUGCAACCUUACAUGGGUGGCACUAAAUUCAUCAAGUUCAAGAAUUAA